GAGGCACGCAGCUCGCCCGACUUUCUGAUCAUUGCGCGCACGGAUGCGCGCACCGCGCUAGGUCUGGACGAGGCCUUGCGUCGUGCCCGAGCCUUUGCAGCAGCCGGGGCCGAUAUCCUCUUCGUUGAAGCGCCCGAGUCGGAGGCCGAAAUGGCCUCCAUUUGCAGCUCAUUGGCGGACACUGGGAAGCCGCUCUUGGUGAACUGCGUGGAAGGUGGUAAAACUCCACUCUGUAGCAAGCAGAGAUUAAUUGAGUUGGGCUAUCAGCUGGCCAUCUAUCCAGCCACUGGUUUUCUGGCCAUGGGUCAGGCGUUGACCAAGGUCUACCGAAACCUGAGUGAAGCAGGACAAGGCGCACGCUGACUUGGAGGCGAUUCUUGUAGGGGAGCUGGCCGAACUAGUGGCGAGACACCAGCAGGUAUACUUAUAUCCGUAGAUAUAUCAUAGAAUAGGGUAAAGCCAAGAAUAAACCUACCAUUUGGAGAUGAAUUUGAGAAUGUGGCCAUUCAUUUAUUUAUGGUUAGGUUGUUUUUUAUAUGAUUGGAUUUACCACAGAGAUUUAGCCAUCAAAGUUAUGGACCGAGUCACAACUGCCAUGGUGUGCAUCACUGAACCAAUCCCGACGACUGUCACUGGGGUUUCCCCCAGGAAUUCUUCCUUAAAGGAACGGGUGACCAGCACCGGUGUCAGGCUUUACCUGAAGAUGCGGAGAAGAAAUCGGCCUCCACAUCGUGAAAGACCCACCGACAGCGGCGACGAACAGAAAAA